AUGGCCGACGCCUCGGAGCCUACGAACAGUUUAGCAGCGACUGCUGCGCCCGCCACGUCUGUGGACGUUGCAGCUGCUAACGACGUCGUGAUGCAGGAGAAGAUGAUCAACGAGGAGUACAAGAUCUGGAAGAAGAACACGCCGUUCCUGUACGAUCUCGUGAUGACGCACGCGCUCGAAUGGCCGUCGCUCAGUGUCCAGUGGCUGCCCAACUCCCACACCUCAGCAGGCGAUGAUUUCUCGGUGCACAAGCUGCUGCUCGGCACACACACGUCUGGUGCAGAGCAAAAUCACCUAAUGGUGGCCGAAGUUCGGCUGCCGCUAGAGGAUACAGAGAUCGAUGCGCGCAAGUACGACGAGGAGAGUCAGGAGCUGGGUGGCUUUGGAGGUGUGUCGGGCAAAGUGGACAUUAAGAUCCGCAUCAAUCACGACGGGGAGGUAAACCGCGCGCGCUUUAUGCCGUCGGAUGAACUCAUUGUGGCUACAAAGACGCCGCAUGCCGAAGUGCACGUGUUUGACAUUUCAAAGCGGCCGUCGCAACCUGAAGAGAACUCAGGUUCGGACCCGGAUUUUCGUCUCUUGGGUCACACAAAGGAAGGGUAUGGGCUGUGCUGGGAUCCGCACCAGCCUUUUCACCUCAUAUCAGGCUCGGAUGAUGCCGUUAUCUGUGAGUGGGAUAUCCGCAAUGCUGGUAAAACGGUGCAGCCGCUGCACAAGUACAGCGGACACAGUGACGUGAUCGAGGACGUGGCGUGGCACAUGCACCACGCCAAGAUUUUCGGCUCGGUCGGUGACGACAAGAAGCUGCUCAUCUGGGACAUGCGCUUGGAGAGUUACGAUAAGCCAGCGACAACGGUGUACGCUCACAGCGCCGAGGCAAACUGCUUGGCAUUUAGUCCGUUCAGCGAGUACCUUGUCGCCACGGGCUCAGCGGACAAGCACGUGAAUCUCUGGGAUAUGCGCAACAUGAAGGCGAAACUGCAUUCAUUUGAGGGUCACAACGAUGAAGUCUACCAGAUUCAGUGGUCUCCUCACAACGAGACCAUUCUAGGCUCGUGUUCAGCUGACCGCCGCAUGCAUGUGUGGGACCUCAGCAAGAUUGGUGACGAGCAAUCGCCUGAAGACGCCGAGGACGGUCCGCCAGAGCUGUUGUUUAUUCACGGCGGCCACACGUCGAAAAUCUCAGACUUUUCGUGGAACCCGAACGACCCGUGGGUGGUAGCGUCGGUAGCAGAGGACAAUGUCUUACAAAUCUGGCAGAUGGCCGAGAACAUUUACAACGAGGAAGACGAGGAGACUGAGCAGGCAGAAGUUGCCGAGGACGAGCUCGAAUGA